UGAGCCGAUUACGAAAGGAAUCGGAUCGCGCGAUGUCGGACAAGAAGCGCAAGGGAAAGGCUCCUCGGGGAGGCGGCGGCGGCGGCGUCGGCGACUCCGCGGCGAGCGGCGGCGUCGCUGUCGGCGCCGACCGAGACCUGAAGAAGCCGCGGGUCGAGGCCGAGCAGGUCCCUCCCUCCAGCUCGCUCCGCUCGGACACACGCGUGGUGCUGGUGGAGGUGACCCGUGUGUACAGCGAUGAAGCGGACGUGGAGACGCGGGAGCCCGAGGCCGACGAGCUCCUCUACGCGGACACGUGUCGCGAGCUGCAGCGCCUCAUGGGUGAGGUGGACGAGCUCAAGUCCCAGGGCAUGCGGCAUAAUGCCCCCGAGAUAGAGGAGCGUAAAACGCAGGUUUGCAUCCACUUCAUGACGCUGAAGAAGCUGAACCGACUGGCGCACAUUCGGUGCAAGAAAGGCCGGGAUGCUACUUACGAGAACAAGCAGAAGGUGGACGCGCUGCACCUGCAGCUGCAGAACCUGCGCUACGAGGUCAUGCAUCUGCAGAAGGAGAUCACCAAGUGCCUCGAGUUCAAGUCCAAGCACGAAGAGAUCGAGCUUGUGUCGGUGGAGGAAUUCUACCGGGACGCGCCCCCCGAAAUCUCCAAGGAGGAGAUCACAAGCAAGGAGCCGCACCUGCAGACGCUGGCACGGCUCGACUGGGAGCUGGAGCAGCGGAAGAGGUUGACGGAACAGUACUCGGAAUCGAUUGGCAGCAAAGACAAGAUAGCCAAGGAUAUCGAGGUGAAGAGGGAGCAUCUGAACAACCUCUACCCACAGCUCAAUGCUGUCCUGCAGGCCACAGUGCCCUUGCAGGAGUGCCUGGCCAUGCCCUUCGACCAGACGCACAAGCAGGCAGACGUGGCGCGACACCUUCCCGCGCCUCUCUACGUGCUCUUUGUGCAGGCCAGCGCCUAUGCUCAGGCGUGCGCAACACGGCUCCCAACGGGCUCAGAGCCCCCGGGGAAGGACAAGCGCCUCUGUGUGAGCGUGGAGGGAGAUGUUGACGAGGCCAAAGCUCUUGCCAAGCAGACGGAGGAGUCCCCAGACGAUGAAAGCGACUCCGACCAAGAAGAGGAAGCGCCACAGACGAAGCGGCGCCGUGCGACGCUGGGCGUGAAGCUUGAGGACAAGCGCAAGCAGCUGCUGCGGAGGCACCCGCUCUGCGUGGCUCUGGACAUCUCCUGCAAGGCCAACAAGAGUACGCUGCACCUGCAGUUCCGCUACCUCCCGGCGCUGCACGUGGUGACGGUGAAGGCGCGCGUCGGGGCGAGCGAGCAGCCCUCGUCCAUCAGCGGAGGAAACGAUGUCCCUUGCGGUACGUCAGGGGAGCAAACUCACCGAGGCGCAAACACGGCGCCCCAGCGGAGCAGAGACGCAAAGCACACACAGCCCAAGCAGAGCAACGGGGACCUCUUGACUCCGGACAGCCUGCUGACGUGCCUGUACCCGGGCGACCACGGCAACGACAGCCCCAACCCUGCCAACCGCUUCCACCUGCAGCGACUGGGGAUGGAGUCCCUGGGCAGCUACGUGCAGGAGGUGGGGCGCCCGUACGUGUGGGUGCAGUGGCUGGCAGGACUCCACUUCCCUGCUCAGCCCACCGAGCAGAGCGUGUCGGCGCAGAGCGUGCUGAGCGCCAGCCACAUGGAGACGACGGUGAGGCUUCUGCGCAUGCGCCUGCUGGGCCGCCUCGCCCUGCAGCGGCAGUUCGCUGCCCUGGAACACUGCAUCUUGCCAGUGUCGGCCGAGAGCCAGCCACUCUUCCCUGCCAAGAUGGUGUCACGCCUCAUACAGUGGACCGCCUCCACCUAUGACGAGUACAAGGUGCUGCCGUACACCCGCCACGUUGUGGAGGCCGGCCUGGCCCAGGAGAGUGACCUCUACUUCAGCGCUCUCAUCGAGCGCGGCACCGCCAAGCUGCGUGUUGCGGUGCUGCUCAGCCCGAGCUUCCCGAGCCCGGCGCCCAUCCUCAGCCUCUGCCUCAGCUGGAAUGGGGAGAGGAGCAGCCAGACGGACGACAACAUCCGUGCGAUCGAGAGCGAGGUGUGUGUGCAUGCGGGCGAGCUGAUGGGCCCGAAACCUGGCUACGAGCUGCUGACGAACCAGCUGGCGCGCAUCUGCGCCUGCCUGGACGUGUACCUAGAGACGUGGAGCCCUGACGUCAGCGUGGAGGGCCCUCGCGAGUUCCCCAGGGACAAGAUGUGCCUGCGUCUCAGCCGAGGGCCCAACCGCCUCAAGCCCUUCAAGUACAACCCUCGGCAAGGCUUCUUCACGCACCGCUGAGUGACGGACCGCCCGACACACGGCCCCGCAUCCCCCCAUCCAACGUUGCAUCCUCACUGCAACUCCGCGCGUGUCAGCUUGCCCAAGCUUGGGAAGGUUAGGACAAGCGGCAGGAUUUGUUAGGGUCGAGGGUUAGGGCUAUCACUGCCAGCAGCCAUCCAUCCCACUGAGCAGUCAGAUGGUUUAGGUUCGCGUCAAGAGUUUGAGUUAACGUUGGGUUUUGUAUAAACUAAGGCUGGGUUAGGGAUAGAGCUAAGGCUGGGUUAGGGGUGGAGCUAAGGCUGGGUUAGGGGUGGAGCUAAGGCUGGGUUAGGGGUGGAGCUAAGGCUGGGUUAGGGGUGGAGCUAA